CUCAGAAAGACCUUCAGUUUAUGAAGAGACGCUGCGUUACGACACAGACGACUGAUUUUACUGCAGAAUCCAGAAAUAUAAAGGUUCCCCUGAGAAAAGUGAGCCCCUUUCCCUCCCAAUCGGUGGAACCUCCCGGUGGGUUAAAACAACCCCUGAACUGGAGCGAUUUGGGUCCCCAGCUUUAUUAAAGACAGGAACAGGAGGGGUCGGUGUCGGCAGUGUUCAGCUGUGUGUGAUUGAAGAAGAGUAAAUGAUGGAUCUUCAGAACUCCAGCAGUGGAGGAGGACCUCCUGUCCUAAAAAUAAACAACAAGGAUAUUUAAUAAAGAACAGUGUUAAACUGCUGAAAGAGGUGAAGCACAAGCCAUCCAGAAGAAUCUCCUGAAAACGCAGAAAUUGUUUGCUACAUUUCACAGACAGAUGGAGCCAAGUCCCGACAUGGAGAAACAUCAGCACUCUGUCAAGAGUUUUACUAAACAGAGUGAUAUCAAAAAACACCAGCGCAUUCACACAGGAGAGAAACCGUAUCACUGCUCAGACUGUGGGAAGAGUUUUACUACACAGAGUGAUCUCAAAAAACACCAGCGCAUUCACACAGGAGAGAAACCGUAUCACUGCUCAGACUGUGGGAAGAGUUUUACUCAACAGAGUACUCUCACAAAACACCAGCGCAUUCACACAGGAGAGAAACCGUAUCACUGCUCAGACUGUGGGAAGAGUUUUAAUCAACAGAGUACUCUCAAACUGCAUCAGCGCAUUCACACAGGAGAGAAACCGUAUUACUGUUUCGACUGUGGGAAGAGUUUUACUCAACAGAGUCAUCUCAAAAAACACCAGCGCAUUCACACAGGAGAGAAACCGUAUUACUGCUCUGAUUGUGGGAAGAGUUUUACUACACAGAGUCAUCUCAAACUGCACCAGCGCAUUCACACAGGAGAGAAACCGUAUCACUGCUCAGACUGUGGGAAGAGUUUUACUCAACAGAGUGAUCUCAAAAAUCACCAGCGCAUUCACACAGGAGAGAAACCGUAUUACUGCUCCGAUUGUGGGAAGAGUUUUACUGAACAGAGUAGUCUCAAAAAACACCAGCGCAUUCACACAGGAGAGAAACCGUAUCACUGCUCGGACUGUGGGAAGAGUUUUACUCAACAGAGUGAUCUCAAAAAUCACCAGCGCAUUCACACAGGAGAGAAACCGUAUUACUGUUUCGACUGUGGGAAGAGUUUUACUCAACAGAGUAAUCUCAAAAUACACCAGCGCAUUCACACAGGAGAGAAACCGUAUCACUGUUUCGACUGUGGGAAGAGUUUUACUUUACAGAGUGUAUUACAUCAGUGCAUUCACAAAAGAUAGAAAAGUAUCCCAAAUCUGUUCCUCUGCCAUAAAAAUGCAAACCUUAAAUCUUUCAGACAGCCAAAAACACCUCAUCAUGCACAAAAUCUUCACUCUGUUACAAGAACUUCAUUUAAAAAUGGCUUUUUACAGGUUCAGAAAAAUGAAUCUUAUCCAGAGAUGAUGUUUACUGAAUUUCAUGCUGUGUUUUUAUGUUUGUUUGUAUACCUACAUUAGUUAAUGCCUGCAGAGCUCUUCAACACUUAGUGUUGUGUUUUAAGAAGUUUUUACACACAGAAUCAUAAAUGGUACCACUAACAGCAUAAACUAGGAACAUACAUUUUUACAAUUUUUUCAGUGAUAUGCUGAAUAAAUAGUAAAGCGAU